AUGAGUAAAACGGCACUUAACUUGCCAAAUAUUAAGCCAAAUAAAGCACGGGUGAAAUCAGUGUAUAAAAUUGAUAAAAUCCUUCCGAAAAGCUCCAAAUUGAAAUUAAAAAGGUCAAAUGAUAGCGUACAAGACUUUAUACAGGAUAGGAAAACUAUCCUCUUAAAGAUGAAUGGUAACCAGAUGCCUAUUAGUUCUGUUUUCAGUGAUUUUGAAGGACAAAAUACCUAUCUUAAACCUACUAAAAAGCUUUUAAUAAAAUAAAGCAGAGACUAAAGCAAAUCUUCACAAGAACGGAUCUAGAGUAAAAGAAAUAGCCAUUGGCACAGAAGAUGCUCCUCAAAUCAUCCCAGAAAGCCCCUCUUUCAUCAAAGAACUUGUUGAAGCCAAAAUUGGGAAAUUUAGCAACUCAAUGAAGAAGGCAGGCAAUAGAAACAGAAUAAUUCCAGCUGAAAGACUUAACAGUACUUUUAAAUAAGUUCAAGAAGAUCCUCAAAUCCAGGUCUGUCGCUCGAACUCGAGUCAGAGAAAUAGAGAAAGAUGAAUUUGAAGAUAUGAGUUAUAAUCAGUGUGUAACCAAAGGGACAGUCAAGCCCCCUGUACAUACUUAUGAAGAUUACUGGCAUAAAUAAGAUGAUGCCGUUUAGCAAAGUGGCAACUAUACAUCAAAGGAAUCUUAGUGUUGAGAAUCCUAAAGAAAAGAUGAAUUACUCUAGCUCUGGACUUCAUAAAGAUGAACUGCAGUCUAGCUCUAAUAGUCAUUACAUUGCAACAUUGAAUACCAAAGAAAUGCCCAUCAGCGAGAUCAGGAAGGAAUUAGUUGAAAAAUUGCUCAACACCAAUUAUUCGAAAAAGGGUUCACCUAAUCCAUAUGAUUUUGCUCCAAGUGCUCAGGAGAGUCAUCUGUAUCCUAAAAAUCUGACUAAUGCUCUUAACGGGAGUAUCCAAGCGUAUGCAAGCCUUCCUUCGAAGCCAAAGGCUAAUUCAAAAGCUUAUUUCUUCAAAUACAAAGGAUUACAGAGGAAGAAUAAUUAUACAAAGUUGAAGAUACGGCCAAUGCAUUCGAUUCUGGAUUAUUCACCUAUUAAGAAGCAUCUGGGGUCUUCGGAAUAUCUGAAAUAUUUCCAGCCGAGGAAUUAAUAAUGCACUCACCUUUCAAUC